UUCAUUGCCAGCGGCCUGCCAUCUCCCCGGAAAACUUCCUGCUGGCUUCGUGGCCUCCCUGGUUUACCCGUGGGGCGCAGCAAGACUGCUCCGAAUACCUCAAGUAUCUCCUUGAUCGGCUACACGAAGAAGAGCGAACAGGAAGAAGAAUUUAUCAGAAGCUCAAAGAAUCCACAUGGAUAUCUCAGACCGACCAACGGCGCUCCACAAACAAGACUCUGGUCGAAAGAAUGUUUGGUGGCAAAAUGUUGACAAAAAUCCGUUGUCUGAAGUGCCUAAAAGUAUCUUCCAGAGAAGAAGUCUUCACAGAUCUCUCUCUGGCUUUUCCGCCAACUGAUAAGUAUGUGCCUAUACCCAAUGGUACCUCGGUUUUACCUGUAGAAGAAAUGGGUCCACAGACAGUUCAACCUAGUGUAGAAACUCCCACUCGGGUGCUUGAUUUGCCCAGGAGGCCGGGGAACCGCCAUGCUUCUGGCGAAAAUCCCUCCAAAAUGUUGCCAGUCGAGACUCUGAAACCAGAAGGGCAAGAGACAUCUCUCCCUUUCAGGUCUGAGAGGGACACCGUUGGUGUGAAGGCUGACGAAGAUUCGGUGCUGCCCUUAUGGGAACAAGGGUGUGGCACGGGAGCCUCUAGAUCCGUCCCGGACUUGAUCAAUUAUUUCUUAUCGCCAGAGAUGUUGACGGCGGAGAACCAGUAUCACUGUGAGAAUUGCGCAUCCCUUCAGGAUGCCGAAAAGCUGGCGGAACUCACCGAAGGCCCUCACUACCUCAUCCUCACCCUGCUGAGGUUCUCCUUUGACCUUCGAGCCAUGAGGAGAAAGAAGAUACUUGACAAUGUCUCGGUCCCGUUAGUGUUAAAACUACCGGUCCUGACGUCCGCUCAGAAACUGAGUGACCCUAAUCCAGCGAGGAGUGCUGGACCUGCUGCUUCGUGUGACAGCUUUGCGUCUGUCGUGUACGACCUCUGCAGCGUGGUGGUACAUUCCGGAGUUUCCUCAGAGAGCGGCCAUUACUACUGUUAUGCCCGGGAAUGCGAAGAUGUCGUUGCAGGAAGCAACCCAAAGAACGCCUCGUGGAAAGUCCCCUCGGAAAAGCCUCUGGACGUUGCGAUCCAGUGGUACCUUUUCAAUGACACGAGGGUAUUGUUUUCGUCUUUCGAGUCAGUUAGCAACGUGACUUCCUUCUUCCCCAAGGACACGGCCUAUCUGCUGUUCUAUCGACAAAGGAUAACCAAGCCAAAAAACCCAGGCCAGGAGACUGCCCCUGAGGCCAGUUGGGUCAAUGGAGAUUUGUCCUCUCCCAAUAAAGACUUGAUGGAAGCCAUUGCGAAGGAUAACAUCCUAUACUUGCAGGAACAGGAGAAAGAAGCCCGGAACCGAACAGCCUACAUUUCUGCCUUACCCAAAUCCCCCCUGUGGUGGAAAGACUUUGAAGGGGACGACGACGACGCUUCAGGGGGAUGCGGGCACGCCGCCGGCGGAGGUGGAUCAAGCUCUUUCCACGGACUUGUCUUUUAACGGCGCCGUCUUGCCAACGGGAGAACUCCAUAACCAUGCAGCCAAGGGAUCCUCGGGAGGCAGCCCUUUUGACCUUAGGCUCCUGUUUGUAGAUGGUCGAGAACAUCAAACAGGUAAAGUGGUUUCACUGUCGGCCUUCCCGACCUGCAUGGAACUCUGGGAACUGUAGUUUUUUUGAGGGGACAGGUGGCAAGAAAAGAUGUCUCUGCUCCUUGCUGCUCCCAAAUUACAGUUUCCAGGCUUGCAGGAGAGACGGUUUAGCACAGCUCAGCGAACAGUGUGAAAUUUAUCUCUUCUUCCCUGAUUUCCUCAUCAUGACACCCCCACCGAUUAGCCCUUUCUUGUCAUCUGCAAAAUGCUGCAAAAACGGAAAUCGCUCAGCGACUCGAGGAAACUUCCGUGUGUUUCUGCGAAACAAAACUCUGCAGUGAUACCUUUUCAAAUCAGAACGUGCUGCCUAAAAAGUCUUUCUUUGGUAGGCCAGGUAAUUAACUGUGAGGUUUGUGGGCUGCCCUUGAGUAACUGAGGCGCCCUAGAUGCAAUAUUUCAAUGAUAUCCCUUUUGGCCAAUAUUUGUAGAGGAUCCUGAUGGACCGUUCCUCACAUCCUGUGUGGCAACCAGUAGGCGGCGCUAUCUUCAUCCUUGUUAGACGAUGUCAAUUCUGGCGUGACCUGCAACCACUGGGGUGUUGCUCUAGAGCGCAGGUGUCAAAUUCGUGGCCCUCCAGAUGUUCAUGAACUACAAUUCCCAUCAGCCCUUGCCAGUAUAACCAAUGUUCAUGUUGGG